AUGCAUCCGGGAUUUCGCUCGGCCCUUGUCAUCUUGUCGGCGUUGCUCUCAUUCGCCACCGGCGAGCUCCUGAUCACGCAAGUGGUGGAGGGCUCGCUCUUCAACAAGAUCGUCGUCUUCACCAACAGAGGAACCGCAUCAGUCGACUUGAGUGACUACGCUCUUUGGAUGGCCAAAGAUGGCGGGAAAUGGCGCAAAAACUUGGAGCCGCUGGGCCGGAAGUCUCUGGGAGCAGGGGAGUCGUUUACGCUUUGCAACCCGAAGGUGGUGAGGCCGAUCAGAGACCACUGUGAUGUCAUGCACGAUGGUCUAACGUUCAAUGGGAACGAUUCGCUGGGGCUCAGAAAGGGUGGAGAUACGGUUGACUUGUUCGGCGACCAGGAUGGAAUGGGUUUGAAUGCGAAGGGGAAGGCUUUUCGGAUCGACGGGGAAGACGACGCGUCUUUGGAUCACACCGUCGUGAGGAAGGAGGGCGUGAAGGAAGGUAACACGAACUGGGCCGUUUCCUCCCGGUCGGAGUGGGAAGUGCGUCCCAAGGAUGACUUUCUCGUGGACGGGGGAACCAUAUCACUCGCUCACAGCGAGGAGGGUGUGUGCCAAGCCGGAACGCAGAUCCACAACUGUUCGGAGCCGACGAAUCCGGGCCAGGAUCGUCGCGCCAACAAGAAGGAACUCGUUAUCGGCACAUUCAACCCGGAGUGGCUGUUCGACGGCAAAUCAGACUCACCUCAUUCGCGCUGGCUCUGCUAUACCGAAGGGGCGGCCCUCCACCUCCCAGGUGUGGCCGACAUCAUCCGCAGAAUCAGUCCGGACAUCUUGGGCCUGCAGGAGGUGGAAGACUGCUCAAGGCUUUCCGAUUUGGUAGAGCUCCUUUCUUUAGGGUACGAGGGGUACCUCGUCGAAGGCGAAGAUCGCGCCACUGGGCAGGACGUUGCUCUACUGACGCGAGUCGAUCCGUCUGGCAAUCUUGCCAGAACAGCUGAGAAGGUGUCCACUCCAGCUGGCUCCAAGUGCGGGGCGCAUGACAACAGCACAGGUGUCUCUAAGCACUUAGUUGCUCGUUUUCCACCCCUGGAAGGAAUCCCUUUCAAGUUCGCCAUUAUUAACGUCCAUUUCAAGGCUUAUCCAAAGAACGCAAGCUCUUGCGCCCAGCGGGAGGGGCAGGCGAAAGUCAUCCAGAAUGAGGCUCGGCGCCUCAUAGACGAUGGCUACGAGGUGGCCAUAUUGGGGGAUCUCAACGACCUGUCCGAUCUGCACCGGGUGAAGACCUGCUCCAAGGAGACCAAGCCCUUAUCAAGGGUGCUCUCCAUGCUCCGCGACGUCGACGACGACGGCGUCGACGACCUUCGAAACGCCAUUGAAUUCGUGCCGGUUGGCGAGAGAUACUCGAGCAGGUUCAUUGACGAAGAAAAGGAGAAGCUCUCCCUUAUCGACCACGUGCUUUUGACGCCAAAGUUGUGGGGCCUGGUCGACAGGGUGUGGAUUGACCACACCGGGGCCGACGCGCCUUACGAAGAUAGGGUGUCUGACCACUGGCCCAUCCUAGUGGCGCUGAGAACGGACGGGUCGCCUGGAUCGGGGGCUGUGAUCAAUUCCCCGCCCUGUGUGUGA